GUCUUGACAGAAGACCAGAGCAGACUAGUAAUCUGUCCCAGUCAAUUAUCGGCAGUGGAGCUUUAAUUUGCAAGUUUAGAGGUUCGCUCAAAAGUGGUGACUGCCAAUUUCAAAGAAACUUCAAAGUCUCCAAUAUGGAUGUAUAUGAUAGCUUAAUACUGCACGAAACUUCCGAUCAGUUUUUUAUUGAACCCAGUCAAAAUCCAACAAACAUUCUUGUCAUUGAUAGACUCAACCAUGAAUUUAGUUUAGUUGAUGGUAGAAAACAUGUCCCUAGUACUGCAAAGAGCCGAUCAAUUUUUGGAAUUGUUGGAACCAUUCGUCUUCUCGCUGGCCCCUAUCUGGUUGUCAUCACAAAAUGUUCAAAGGCUGGAAUGGUUAAUGGUCAAGACAUCUGGAAAGUUGAUGAAACUGAAAUCAUACCGUUUGCCAGAACUAUUUUACAUCUCAAUGAAGAACAACUUGCAGAUAAUAAAGUGUACACAGCAAUGAUUGAGCAUGUCCUCAAUAUUCCACACUUGUACUUCUCAUAUACAUAUGAUUUAACACAUUCCCUGCAAAGGCUGCACAACACUAUGCCAGAAUUUUUACAGAUACCAUUACAUGAAAGAGCUGAUGAAAGAUUUGUUUGGAAUCGUCAUCUUAUUCGUGAUCUGGUCAGUCAGCCGGAGAUGGCCAAGUUUGUUUUACCUGUAAUGCUAGGAUUUGUUCAGACCCAUCACGUUACAGUUAACCGGAAGAAAUUACUCUACACGCUUAUUUCACGGCGAUGCUGUUACAGAGCUGGUACUCGAUUUUUCAUGAGGGGCGUAGAUCAGGAGGGUCAAGUGGCCAACUACGUUGAAACAGAACAAAUUAUCGAAUAUCAAGGCGACAAAUGUUCUUUUAUUCAGACUAGGGGAUCUAUUCCAAUCUUUUGGUCUCAAUUGCCCACCCUGAAAUACAAACCGAAACCCGAAGCGGUACAGGGCGCUAAUCAUCUGGAGGGACUUUCCAGACAUUUCGAUUUCCAAGUUUUGAAUUAUGGGAAACAAGUUAUCCUAAACUUGAUUGAUCAAAAAGGAGCAGAAGGGAAACUAGAAAAAGCCUUUUCAGAUGUAAUCAACAGCUUUCGAAGCCCAUUUGUAAAAUAUGAAGCUUUUGAUUUUCAUCACGAGUGUCGAAAAAUGCGCUACGACCGAUUGAGUAUUCUUCUCGACCGCGUCAGCGCGGAACAAGAGGAAUAUGUUUAUUUCAUGCUGCUUAAGGAUGGAACCGUUGUUCGCCAGCAAGACGGUGUUUUCCGAACGAAUUGCAUUGAUUGCUUGGACAGAACCAACGUCUUACAGAGUCUCUUAGCUCGACGAAACCUUCAACAAGUGUUCAUGAAAUUCGGAAUUUUAAGUGAAGGCCAGCGCGUUGAAGAUCAGCAAGAUUUUGAAAGUCUAUUCAAGAAUAUUUGGGCAGAUCACGCUGACGUCAUUUCGACUCAGUAUUCGGGUACAGGAGCCUUAAAAACUGAUUUUACUCGCCUUGGGAAAAGGACCAAAGCUGGCUUGCUUCGUGAUGGAGUCAAUUCGCUCGUCCGCUACUACAAGAAUAAUUUCGCUGAUGGUUUUCGACAAGAUGCCAUCGACCUCUUUCUUGGUAAUUAUGUAGUUGAAGAGGGCAGACUUGCACCCCGUAUCGAUCGUGGUUGGAAAUAUUUACUGCUUCCCGGAAUCUGGUGUAUCGCGGCCACUAUGGUAUUUGUAACCGUCUUGCUCCCGAGUGAACUGAGCACCGAAAGCCUUUUGUAUCUUCUUUUUUGGUCGGGGAUGGCAGUAGCAUCUUCUUAUUUUAUCGUUGUCAAUGGCCCUGAAUUUGUUGACUGGCCAAAGCUAGUUCGCAGAAAUCAAAUACCCAAACAGCUGGAAUUGUAGAGUUUAAUCAUUUACAAGUUGGCGAUAUUUCACUAAAAAUUUUCUCUUCCUAUCACCUGUUUUAAGCCCUUACCCUUUUUUCCUGCAAUUGGCUACUAAGUGUCCCCACACAACUCUUGGUUGGAUAGUUCUUUAAAGAUAUAUUGUAGAACUUCAAUAAAAAAUUCUACAAAAGA